AGGAGCUGAGAGGAAGGAUCCCUUCACUCUCCGCCAGCUUCCGUUUCCUUGGUGGCCCCGUGACAUCAUCUUUACCCUGGAAAUUCCACUCACCCUCCUGUGCCUCCGACUCCUAUAAAGAGAGCUUCCCAACUCAGCAUCAGCACAGAACACAGCCAGGUUCUGAAGCUUCUGAGGUCUGCACUCUCUCCUCUAGGCAAACCUCUCUUCCACCGAGACCAUGAAGUUCUGUGUGACCGUCCUCUCUCUCCUCGUGCUCCUGGCUGCCUUCUGUUCUCCGGCGCUCUCUGCACCAAUGGGCUCAGACCCUCCCACCGCCUGCUGCUUCUCUUACACCCUACGGAAGAUCUCUCGAAAUUUCGUGGUAGAUUACUUCGAGACCAGCAGCCUCUGCUCCAAGCCAGCUGUGGUAUUCCAGACCAAAAGGGGCAGGCAAAUCUGUGCCAACCCCAGUGAAGACUGGGUCCAGGAAUACGUGGACGACUUGGAACUGAGCUGAGCUGCUCUAGGCUCAGAGGCAGGAAGUCUUCAGGGAAGGUCACCUGAGCCUGGAUGCUUCCCUAUGAGACGUACCUUCUCCACAGUCAUGACCCCUCCCGGUAGAUCUGUGCCUUCUCUUAGUUUAAUUUUUAUCAUGUGAUAUGUUAUUGUAUUGGAUGUUAUUUCUAUUAUUUAUGCUUGUUUUGCUAAAGGAUACAUGUCCCCUAUGGGGAUGUCCACAUGACUGUUUCUCUGCAUUUUGGAUACAUAGAUGAUGCAAUUGAUUCCAUGUGUUUUCAUAAUAAAACUUUUAAAAC